CGUCUGGGAGUUGUAGUUCAGACUCCUGCCCCAACUCGGCAGUGGGACAUUGGCUCGGAAGUCCGAGGCGGUCCACCGCCUUCGGCACUUGACUGGGAGGAUGGAUCCCGGGCACGACGCGGCGCCGUUGGCUGGCCUGGCCUGGUCAUCGGCCUCGGCACCUCCGCCGCGGGGAUUCAGUGCGAUCUCUUGCACCGUGGAGGGGGCGCCCGCCAGCUUCGGCAAGAGCUUCGCCCAGAAAUCUGGCUAUUUCCUGUGCCUGAGUACCUUGGGCAGCUUGGAGAAUCCGCAGGAGAACGUGGUGGCCGAUAUCCAGGUCCUGGUGGACAAGAGCCCCCUCCCGCCGGGCUUCUCCCCAGUCUGCGACCCCCUGGACUCCAAGGCUUCUGUGUCGAAGAAGAAACGCAUGUGUGUGAAGUUGGUGCCGCUGGGGGCUGCGGACACAGCUGUGUUUGACAUCCGGCUGAGUGGGAAGACAAAGACUGUGCCUGGAUACCUGCGAAUAGGGGACAUGGGUGGCUUUGCCAUCUGGUGCAAGAAGGCAAAGGCCCCUCGGCCAGUGCCCAAGCCCCGAACUCUCAGCCGGGAUAUGCAGGGCCUCUCCUUGGACCCACCUGGCCAGCCCAGCAAGAGCGGCUUCCCAGAGCGGACGCUGUCCAGACUGGGCUCACGGGCCUCCACCCUGCGGAGGAAUGAUUCCAUAUACGAGGCCUCCAACCUCUAUGGCAUCUCAGCCAUGGAUGGGGUUCCCUUCACGCUGCACCCCCGAUUCGAAGGCAAGAGCUGCGGCCCCCUGGCUUUCUCUGCAUUUGCUGAUCUGACUAUCAAGUCUCUCGCGGACAUUGAGGAGGAGUACAACUACGGCUUCGUGGUGGAGAAAACAGCAGCUGCGCGCCUGCCCCCCAGCGUGUCAUAGCCCCUUGCCUGCCCCAGGGAAGAACCCCCUGCCCGACACUCCCUGGACUGGCAGCUGCCUGCCUCACCUCAUGUUGGGGACCUUGGCGACACAGGGCGUUCUGGACCCUCAGCCAUGCAGAGCUGCCACCCUGAAGGAGGGGGUGGACCUGGCUGCUUGGUGAUGAGGUCUCCUGCCCUGGGCCCUGCAGGGCAGGGGUGGGGGUUGGAUGGAAACUAGUGCCUUCAAGUCAUUUGUGUCAAAACUCCGGUGCCUGGAGGCCACAUGGGCAUCCUUCUGGCAAUAAACAUGCAUGCUGUCCGGAGUCCUUAUCCUGGCCCUGGGUCCUCUGUGGCUCCUGGUCUUCACCUCACACGCGGAGCACCAGCCAGGUUGGCUGUGCACCCAGCAAGCAGGUGAAAUCCUGGAGGGGAGGUGGCAUUGUUGCCACGCCCAUUCCACAGAAUGGGGAACUGAGGCUCAGCCAGGGCCUGAGCCAGGACUCUAGGUCAUAGAGCAGAUCCUUCCCACUCUUCUAUCCUUGAGCAUAACAGUAAUAAUAGUAACAGCUAUCGUGAAUCAUGGGACCAUGUCCCCAACACCUGACGCACAGUAUCUCACUUAAUUCUCCCACAGCCCAGUGGGGAGCUCCUACUUUGUCACCAUUUUACAGAUAGGAAAGCUGAGGCAGGGAGCGGCUAAGGUCACAGCUGGGAGUAGAACCCAGAGCCCACUCCUAAUCAGCAAGCUUUUCCUCCUCCUCUGCACCCCUUUGCCUCCACUGUGCUGUGGAUACAAAUGGGGAGCUCUUAUUUGCAGUAAUUAAGUUUUAUAAAGUCACCAUGAAAAUUGAAUUAGGAAUACUGACUGGACUCUUCAGGAAAACAGGUAGUUUCCUGUAAGUCUCUGGUCAUAUUUUUGUGAAGCGAUCAAUAGAUAACCUUGUUUUGUGUGUGUUUCAAGACACCUUGUUUAUUAUAUAUACUGCUGAUUUGCUAACAUUGAACUCGCUGCCAACUGUACCUCAGGCCUGAGCAAAGCCCAUCUAACACGUAUUUUCUCCGAAAGGCACAUCACAGCCUUCUUGAGCUUAGAGAUACCAGACAGCACUUCUGCACUACGCUUGGGGGCCUUUUCCAAACAGAAAUAUCAAGGAAAAGCAUAAAAUUGUGCCACUAAAUAGAUGGCAAGAAGGACUUGUUUACAGUCUUGGAACUGGAACAAGCGGCAGAGUAUCACCUUUCCACCUCCGCUGGGAACGUGCACUUCCUGUGACUCAAAAAUUUCCUGCUCUGUGCAUGUCCUCCAAUGACGCCAAAAGCAUCAGAAGUAUUGAUUUUUUUGGGGGGGGGGUUA